AUGCAGCAGCGCCGCCACUUGACCGACAUGAGCGACGCGCCGCCGCUCGGCACGACGGAUCUGCGCCGCUGGCGCCUGCGCGUCUCGGACGGAGGACGCCAUGUGUGGCACUACCUGGAGACCGACGAGGAGGUCGAUGCAUGGCCCCAGACACAGGAGGACAAGUACUGGCUCGGCCUCGACAUGGACGUGCCGACGCUCCCGCGCGCUGCGACGCCCAUGGAGGCCGCACGCCAUGGCCUAGAGUUCUACCGGCACCUGCAGUCGAGCGACGGACACUUUGCGGGCGAGUACGGCGGCCCCAUGUUCCUCCUCCCCGGCCUGGUGAUCGGCAUGUAUGUGACGCAGACGCCCAUCCCCGAGCCGUGGCGCAUCGAGAUUGCGCGCUACCUGUGGAACCGGCGCCACCCCGUCGACGGCGGCUGGGGUAUCCACAUCGAGGGCCACUCGACCGUGUUUGGCACCGCGCUCAACUACACGGUCCUGCGCCUCGUGGGCGUGCCGGCGACGCACCCCAUGAUGGUGCAAGCGCGCGCGACGCUGCACCGCCUCGGCGGUGCAACGGCCAUUCCCAGCUGGGGCAAGCUGUGGCUCGCGGUGCUCAACGUGUACGACUGGGACGGCCUCCAUCCCAUCCCGCCGGAGCUGUGGCUCCUCCCCGACUGGGUGCCCAUCCACCCGUGGCGCUGGUGGGUCCACACACGCAUGGUGUACCUGCCGAUGGGCUACCUGUACGCGCGGCGCUUUGCAGCGCCCCUCGAUCCGCUGGUCGCUGCGCUGCGCACCGAGCUGUACACGGAGCCGUACGCGCAGAUCAAGUGGCCUGCGCAGCGGAACCAUGUGGCCCAGGCGGAUCUCUAUGCGCCCCACACCCGCACCGUCGACGCGCUGUUCUACGUGCUGGGGCACUACGAGCGCGUGCAUGUGCCGUGGCUGCGCCGCGCCGGCAUGCAGCGCGCGUACGAGCUCAUUGUCAAGGAGGACAUCAACACAAGCCACCAGUGCCUGGGGCCCGUGAACAAAAUGCUCAACAUGAUUGUGCGCUGGCUCGUCGAUGGGCCGGACAGCGAGGCCAUGGCCCUGCACCGCGAGAAGCUCAAGGACUUUGCGUGGAUGAGCCGCGAGGGCCUUAUGAUGACGGGCACGAACGGCAGCCAGCUGUGGGACACGUCGUUCAUGGCACAGGCCCUCUGUGAGUCGGGCCUCUCGCGCGACCCUGCGUUCCACGACGUGGGCGCGCACCUCCUGCAGUGGCUCGACGCGUGCCAGAUCCGCGAGAACCCGCGCUUCUACCGCUCCGCGUACCGCUUCGCGACCAAGGGCGCGUGGCCCUUCAGCACGCGCGAGCAGGGCUACACCGUGAGCGACUGUACCGCCGAGGGCCUCAAGGGCGUGCUGAUGCUCCAGGAGGCAAGCGGCGCGAACUUUGGGCGCCCCGUCGACGCGCGUCGCCUGCACGACACGAUCGACCUGCUGCUCACGAUGCAGAACGCGAACGGCGGCUACGCCUCGUACGAGACGAUCAAUGGGCCUGCGCUCACCGAGUGGCUCAAUCCCGCCGAGGUAUUUGGCAACAUCAUGGUCGAGUACGCCUACCCCGAGUGCACGACGUCGGUCGUGUCAGGCCUGCGCAUGUUCCAAAAGUACGACAGCUACCGCAGCGCAGACAUUGACGCUGUCGUGGAGCGCGCUGUGCAGUACAUCCUCGGCGCACAGCGCCCCGAUGGCUCGUGGUACGGCUCGUGGGCCAUUUGCUUCACGUAUGCGGCCAUGUUUGCACUCGAGAGUCUCCAGCACGCGGGGCUCACGUACGCGAACAGCGAGCCGGUGCGCCGCGCCUGUGCCUUCCUCCUCGCCAAGCAGCGCGACGACGGCGGCUGGGGCGAGAGCUACAAGUCGUGCGAGACGCACGAGUACGUCCAGUCGCCGUCGCAGGUCGUGCAGACGGCGUGGGCCGUCAUUGCCCUGCUGCACGCCCGGUACCCCGAUCGGGCGCCGAUCGAGCGCGCCGUCGCCCUGAUCAUGGCGCGCCAGCGCCCGGAUGGCUCGUGGGCCCAGGAACAGAUCGAGGGCAUCUUCAACCAGUACGUAUGUGGCGCUGACACAGCAACUGUGCGUGUACCAUACUGA